AUGAUGAUGGUGUGAUGAUGAAAUGCUGAUGCUUCUGAUGAAGAUGCUGAUGGUGUUGGGUGAUGACAAUGGAAAUGAUGGAGUUCACUCUGGUGUUGAUGAUGAAGACUAAGGUGUGGCUGAUGGUAAUGAUGACGACGGAGAUGGUGAUGGUCAUGAUGAUGAUGAUGAUGAUGAUGGUGUACGUGUCACCCUGAUGGUGUUGGUUGUGUCGGAGUUGACUGGUUAUGAUGGUGUUAGUGAUGAAGAUGAAGGUGAUGAAGAUGAAGGUGAUGAAGAUGAAGGUGUGGGUGAUGAAGAUGAAGGUGUCAGUGAGGAAGAUGAAGGUGUGGGUGAUGAAGAUGAAGGUGUGGGUGAUGAAGAUGAAGGUGUCAGUGAGGAAGAUGAAGGUGUGUGUGAUGAAGACGAAGGUGUCAAUGAGGAAGACGAAGGUGUGGGUGAUGAAGAUGAAGGUGUGGGUGAUGAAGAUGAAGGUGUCAGUGAGGAAGAUGAUGGUGUGGAUGAUGAAUAUCGUGAUGACAAAGGUGAUGGCGAUGAUGGUAUUGAUGAUGAAUGUGAAGGU